AUAAUAGAACCCGAGCCUAGGGCAAUGAGCAAUAAAGCAUCGGGUCCACACCAUCCAAGCGUGCUCUUCUACCGAAGCCGUGUGAUGACAAACAGAGGAAAUAGAUUUAUAUAUUUUGGAUAAGGACUUAACCUAUAAAACAGUAUGUCAAAAGAAAAGGGAGUAGUGAGCGCCAAUGGCAGCAGAGACACGCUGGAGAUGGAUGAACAGGAGGACCGCGGUCAGUGGGGCUCCAAGUGGGAGUUCAUCCUGUCGUGUGUGGGUCUGUCCGUGGGCCUGGGUAACGUCUGGAGGUUUCCCUACCUAGCCUACGAGAACGGCGGGGCUGCCUUUGUGAUUGCCUACCUGAUCCUACAGUUCCUGAUCGGUAAACCUAUGUACUUCAUGGAGCUGGUCAUGGGACAGUUCUCCGGCAAAGGCCCCACCUCUGUCUGGAACAUGAACCCUAGUGCUAAAGGAAUUGGUAUCUCGAUGAUGUUGAUUUCUCUGGUGGUCGCCAUCUACUACAACGUGAUCAUGGCGUACACGCUGUUUUAUUUCUUCUCCUCCAUGCAAGCCACACUGCCUUGGACGGAAUGUCAACCCGAAUGGUACAGUUUAGGAUGCGUGGAGCAGACAACCAAGAACAUUCCUUACUGUUCAUACAACAUGACGGAGAACGAGUUGUUGUAUACCAACCAGAGCCGGCCCUGCCGCUGUUUUGAGAACUCCACCUUUCAUCAGUCCAGCUACUUCUCUCAGUUUGACUUCAACUGUACCAACACCACGUGGAAGGGAGAUAAGCCAGUAGCUGUGGCACAACUGUUCUUUGAAAAAGACGUCAUAGAAAAGACAGAAACUUUAGCUGCAGACAAGAUGGGCCCUCCCUUGUGGCGUCUGGCUCUGUGUCUUCUGCUCUCGUGGAUCAUUGUCGUGUGUUGCCUUAUCAAAGGUGUCAAAUCAUCCGGAAAGGUCGUAUAUUUCACAGCAACAUUCCCUUACGUUAUAUUGCUUAUCCUGUUGGUUCGUGGGGCUACGCUAGAUGGUGCCAUCGACGGAGUUAUAUAUUUCAUUGUACCAGAGUGGAGCAAACUUUUGGAUCUAAAAGUGUGGGUAGCGGCCGCUGGUCAAAUGUUUUUCUCGCUCAGUGUGUCCUUUGGAGGAAUCAUCAUGUUUGGCAGCUACAAUAAAUUCAAGAACAACGUCUAUGGGGACGCCAUGUUGAUAGCUGUGAUGGACGUAGUGACAAGUUUGAUAGCUGGUUUCGUCAUCUUCACAACGUUUGGAGGAAUGGCCAAAAAUAUAGGAGUGGAAGUCCAGGAUGUCGCCAAAUCAGGGUAUGGACUUGCUUUCGUGGCGUAUCCAGAAGCCUUAUCACAACUCCCCGUGUCCCAACUCUGGGCCGUUCUGUUCUUCUUCAUGUUGUUUACAUUAGGUUUGGACAGUGAGUUCGCACUGCUCGAGACGUUCUUGACCUGUAUUCAGGACGAAUUCCCUUCUACCCGUAAAUACAAGAGUUACAUGUGUGUGGGGAUGGGGAUCAUCUGCUUCUUCCUGGCCCUGCCCUGUGUAACACCGGCCGGCGACUACGUUGUGACCAUCAUGGACCAUUUUGGCGCCGAUUUCUCCGUGCUUUUUGUGGCCGCGUGCGAGUGUGUGGCCGUCAUGUGGGUAUAUGGUGCCCCUCGCUUUAUGCGAGAUGUAGAGUACAUGUUAGGGUACCCUCCCAGACCUAAAUAUUACUGGCUGUUCUGUUGGGUCGUUUGUGCUCCCAUUCUGAUUUCACUGCUGUUCGUCUACCGCAUGGUUCAGUACACGCCCCUAAAGAUCAGUGACGGUGUGGAAUACCCGGAGUACGCCCAGACGAUUGGCUGGAUCCUCACCUGUUUCGUCAUGUGUCCCAUCCCCAUCUUCUUUAUCUACAAAUUCAUCACAGCGGAGGGGCCGCCUUUGGAGCGGCUGAGAACUAUUACAAGACCCAACGAUAGCUGGGGGCCCAAUGACGGCAGUGACAAAUACGCCCUGUCGCCACCACAGCGCGAGGGCAAGUACGGAAUAGACAAUCCUAGCCACAUGUAGAAGGAACGCUGUACACAGCGGAUAAAAUAGAAAUCCUUAACCCGGCUAGAUGUCGGUGCUAUGUGUGCUAGUAGACUUCCGGAAGUCCCAUCUGUCUAUAUAUAUAUAUAUAUAUAUAUAUAUAUAUAUAUAUAUAUAUAUAUAUAUAUAUAUAUAUAUAUAUAUAUAUAUAUAUAUAUAUAUAUAUAUAUAUAUAUAUAUAUAUAUAUAUAUAUAUAUAUAUAUAUAUAUAUAUAUAUAUAUAAAGACAAGGGAAAUAACUCGUGUAUGAAGGACCUACGUUACCAGAAUUAAGUAGAUACUAGAGAAAAAGGGGGACAAAAUAACUACUAUUAUGGUUGAAUCCCUUGUAUAUAUGCAUGAAAUAGACUGUCUAGAGUAUGAGCUACUCUUCUUGUUAUUCUUUACAUAUAUAUAUUUUUUUAAAUUUAGUAAAAGAAUUAAUUACAACUCCAUGGUCUCAUUCAUUGAAUUGCAUUUUAUUCCAUGGAACUUUUGAACUGUUUGUUGUUAUAUCUGUCUUUACUUUUAUACAUGUACUCAAUUUAUUUUUUUUUAAACAUAUGAGUGAUCUUUAAUCAGAUUUUAAGGCAUAUAAUUUUUGUACAAUAAAAUUAAUUUACCAAAAA